CAGUCCUUGGCAAUUUGUGGGCCGAAAUGGAAGGCCCGGUCGGUCGGCCCAGCUGGUCAUCCCUCUCGCGUCUCCGCCUUCCAGACGCCUCCAAUCCAGGAUUCCAAACGUCUCGGAGAAGAAGAGGAACACGUCACGGCGAGGCGACGGCGGCGGCCUCUCCUGGCGGUGUCUACCCCUUCCAGCGGAGAUCCAUCCCAGCGGCGGCCCGCCCCGAGGCUUCCCCUCCCGGCGCACGGCGAAGCCCCGCGGAGGCCCCUUCCGGCGCGCGUCCACGGACGGCGGAGUGGACCGUGCUGUGGUCGUCCGUUUGGUUCCAGGUCUAGCUUGUUCUUGGAGGAGGGGUUUCUGAGGAAGCCGCAGCCAGUUAGCCAUGUCGUCCUCCGUGUUGAGGGCUGCGGCUGAUAGGGCCAUCCGGAGGCAGGCCCUCACUCUGACGGACGUCGCGGCGUCCAGGAUCCGGCAGCUCCUCAGCCUUAGGCAGCGGUCGUACCUGCGGCUCGGCGUCAAAGCGCGAGGCUGCAACGGCCUCUCGUACACGCUCAACUAUGCCGAUGAGAAGGGGAAGUUUGAUGAGCUUGUCGAGGAGAAAGGGGUUAAAGUGCUUAUUGACCCCAAGGCUUUGAUGCAUGUUAUUGGGACCAAGAUGGACUAUGUUGACGAUCCACUGAAGUCCGAGUUUGUGUUCAUAAACCCAAAUUCCAAAGGGGAGUGUGGCUGUGGUGAAUCCUUUAUGACCACAAGCAGCAAAGGGUCCACAUCAUGAUGCGUUUUUCGUUGUAAAUGCAUAGCAAAGUAUCGGAGGCCUCAGCUACUGAUUUUGUUGGGUCUGUUGUGUUGCAACCUUGCAGGACAUGCCACAAGAGUGGUUACCUAAUGGAUGCCCCUAACUUACAUGUACUUCUUUGUUCACCCCAGCCAUGCUAUAUACAUGGAGUGAUUUAUCCAUGUUCUGUAUAUUUUGACGGCUCAUGAUAUAAGACCUCGAAAGUUUAUCAAAUUUUUAGCGCCAUGCUUGUCCAA